AUGAGGGCAAGAAGCACUCACUUUUGGAAUGAGAUAGUGCUAUGUACAUAUACUGAAGCAGAAUGGAUAGAAAGUUUCCGCAUGCGUAAAGAGACUUUCAAUGAUUUGUGCCGUUUCCUACGACCUGCUUUGGAGCCUAAGCCUUUAUUCUUAAAAUCAAGAGAACCGUUAUCAUGUGAAAAACAAGUUGCUCUAUAUAAAAUGGCAAGUUGUGCAGAAUACCGUGUUGUGGGCAAUGUAUUCGGAAUCCACAAAUCUACAGUAAAAAAAUGUCUGUACAGAGUUGUAAAUGCGAUUAAUGAUGUGAUGAUGAAAGAUUAUCUUCACAUGCCAGAUACCUACGAAGCUUCAGUAAUAGCAAUGCAUUUUGAGAAAAUAUCGCACAUUCCGCAAAUUAUUGGAUGCAUCGACGGUUCGCACAUACCUAUAUUGGCUCCAUCAGAAGGCUGUCGAGAUUUUGUGAACUGUAAGGGUUGGCCUUCAUAUGUGUUACUGGCAGUUGUUGACGAUAAAUACAGAUUUAGAAAUAUUUGUAUUCGACAUCCUGGAAGUACUCAUGACGCCGCUGUAUUCAAGGAUUCAAGUUUAUACAGAGAUGCUCUCAAUGAUACACGAAAUAUCAAUGGUGUGGCAGUACCAUAUUUAAUUGUCGGUGACCCAGCGUAUCCACUGUUACCGUGGCUACUAAAAGGCUAUCCCGGUAGUGUAACAGCUGAACAAGAAUCCUUUAACGUACAUCUCAAUUCUGCAAGAGUUGCCGUAGAAAUGGCAUUUAGCCGUUUAAAAGCACGUUGGAGAAUACUCCUAAAACGAAUUGACGUGAAUUAUGUAUUCGUUCCACAUAUUACAAGUGCUUGUUGCAUUUCACAAAACUUUCUAGAGUGUAAGAAGGAACAGUUUCUUCAACAAUGGCUAAAUGAUGUAGUUGAGGCAGAAGUACUUUAUCCACAGCCUGUAGAUG